AUGUGGGCGCCAGCACGCUUGAAUGAGAGGCGCGGCCGGAAGGGUCAGCGCGCAGGCCGGGCUGAGCGGCGCAGACGGGAAUCCAGCCGAGCUAGGUUCACGGAGCCGGUGUGCCUGGUGCAAGCGUCUCCCGUGGUGACUCCCCGCGCGCCGGGACCGGCGGAGCCCUGGCGCAGCGUGACGCCUCAGCGGCAGGUACCCAGCAGCGAGCCCUCAAAGUACCGGGACGUGGGGGUCCCUAUGGCAGUGACGCCACGCACGGGCCCCGCGGUGACCUGGGUAGCGCCGGCCCAGGCAGUUCCUGGCAGUGAGCCCUCGAGAUACCGGGAAGUGCCGGUUCCUGCCCGCGCAACACUCCCAGUAACAUGGCGCGCCGCGCCAACAGCAACCUGGGUUCCAAGCAGUACCCCUUGCAGAUACCGGGAGCUGACCAUCCCUGCGGCGGCCAGCCCCACUGUGACGUGGUGUACAGCGGCUCCGCCUCCGCCACAGGUCCCGCAGGCCACGCUGGCAACGCUGAAGAAUCCGCUGGAAGCGCCUCCGGAGUCCAACGUUCAGGUUGCACCUGCUCCGGCGGCUUCCACGCCGGCGGCGAGCACGCCGCCGGCGCCGGUGGAAAUGAGCGCUGCCUCUCCGAGGAGCGUGGGCCCCAGCAAGGUGACCAAGGUGACGGUGUACCCUCCGGUGCGUAUGGAGUCCAGCGCGCGAUCCGACGACGACAGGCCGCUCACCAGGGCUUCGGGCUACGCUACGCCCAGGCCUGCAGCCAACGUGGUCUGGUCCACCCCGCCGGUGCCGUGCCAGGCAUCGCCUCCGCGCUUCCACUCAGGACCGGUGCAGUCAGCGAGGCCAUGGACGCCCAUGGCACCCGUCAAUCUUCCGGCAAAGGUGACGGUGAAGUGCGCGCCCGCGAAUUGCGUCCUGCUGCCCGACAGCCCAGAGGUGACGGAGAGUCCGCGCACGGUGCUUUCACCCCAGGUUCCAAUGCAACUGGCGCCGAUGGUUACAGACGCAUGUGGCUCUCCGCCGCGAAGCACGCUGGAAGAGCGGCUGAAAGAGCUAGAAAGGCGCCUGGACGCCAAGGAGUCGGAGUGCAAGCUGCUGGAGCAGCACCUCACUGAGGUCCGCGGCUGCCUCGAGGAACAGAAGCAGCGCGGUGCCAGCGAUCUGCAGCAGCGCGACCAACACAUCAUGGAGAGCUGA